AUGACAACAGUUUUUGCCUGUCCAAGAUGCAACAAAAUCUAUCAUCAUAAGAAAACUCUUAGCCGACAUAUUAGACAGGAGUGUGGUAUAGAACCUGUGCUUAAAUGUCCGCAUUGCCCUUAUAGAGCCCGAAGGACUUAUGUUCUUAAUAAUCAUAUUAAAGGACAUCAGUAUUUAUAUAACAAUUCUACUUGGGUGAAAAUCGAAAAUAAUCCUGAUAAGGUUUAUUUAGAUGAUGCUAAACCAAUAGAAAACCUACUCAACGAUAUGGAAAAUGACACCGAACAUUCUUGGAUGAUACAAGUCAUUUAUCCUGAGGAUAGCAAUAAUACACUUCUAUAUGAAAAUGAUAUAGUUUUGACUUUACAAGAUCAGAAGGAUUUAUUACCUGUCACGGACUGUGAUGAAAGUCCUAGGUCAGACAAAGAAAUUAGUGCAACCAACGAACAGGUCAUUUCCAUAGACGAAACACAAGACGAUCCCACAGAUGACAACAUUGAAAUUAUUCGAACGGAUGAAUUCACUUGCCCAAAUUGUCUAAAAACAUACAAUGCCAAAAGGAAUCUUCAAAGGCACUUGAGAGUCGAAUGUGGAAAGGAGCCACAAUAUAGCUGUAAAUUUUGCGAAUAUAAAAAUUAUAGAAGAAACGAACUCUUGAAUCAUAUGAAAAAACGUCAUAGUUUUAUUCUGUCGCCCGAUGAAAAGGAGUAAACUCACCUCAGUGCGUUGAAGGAUAUCCUAUGCCGCAGUGGAUCUACACGUUAGAAGAAAGGCUAAGCUAAAAAAGACUAUCUGAGUUGCAAAACAGAUAUAUUUACUUGCCCUACAUGUUUACUGAUUAACACUGCCAAAAGCUAUUUCCAAAGGCACUCAAGAGACCGAUGGGAAAAGACAAUCACGGGUGUUCAAUAAUUGUUACGCCUAUAUGGAUGGUAAUUGUCACAAUGUAUUUCUUGGCUAACAUUGCAAUAGUAUUUUACAUUAUUAGCCAAGCUUUUACUGGCGAUUGAAGGAAAUGACUAGCGAGCAGAGCUUGUCACCUACCUACCUGGCGUAUAAUGCAC